AUGGCAGACGCAGGAGAAGAGGAGGCCACCUCAGUCUCAGAGCCUCUCGAUCUGGUGCGAUUGUCGCUUGACGAGAUAGUCUUUGUGAAGCUGCGAGGGGACCGCGAAUUGAAGGGCAGGCUUCACGCCUACGACAGUCACUGCAAUGUUGUUCUGGGAGAUGUGGAGGAAACCAUCUACACCAUCGAGGAAGAUGAAGAAGGCGAAGAAACGGUCAAGACCAUCAAGAAACAAUCGGAGAUGUUGUUCGUGAGAGGUGACUCGGUUGUGCUCAUUUCGCCGCAAGCCCCCUCAUGA